GGCGGGGCCGGCAGGGGGCGGUAGAGCGGGCGCGGCGCGGCGCGGCGGGAGGCGGCCCGGCCCGCUCGAAGAUGGCGGUGCGGAAGAAGGACGGCGGCCCCAACGUCAAGUACUACGAGGCCUCGGACACCGUCAGCCAGUUCGACAACGUCCGCCUCUGGCUCGGCAAGAACUACAAGAAGUACAUCCAGGCCGAGCCCCCCACCAACAAGUCGCUGUCGAGCCUGGUGGUGCAGCUGCUGCAGUUCCAGGAGGAGGUCUUCGGCAAGCACGUCAGCAACGCGCCCCUCACCAAGCUGCCGAUAAAAUGCUUCUUGGAUUUCAAGGCGGGAGGAGCCCUGUGCCACAUCCUGGCAGCGGCCUAUAAAUUCAAGAGCGACCAAGGAUGGCGGCGUUUCGAUUUCCAGAAUCCCUCGCGGAUGGACCGCAACGUGGAGAUGUUCAUGACCAUCGAGAAAUCCCUGGUACAGAACAACUGCCUGGCCCGGCCCAACAUCUUCCUGCACCAGGAGAUUGAGCCCAAGCUGCUGAGCAAGCUGAAAGACAUCGUCAAGAGGCACCAGGGCACAGUGACCGAGGACAAGAGCAACGCGUCCCACGUCGUCUGCCCUGUCCCCGGGAACCUGGAGGAAGAGGAGUGGGUCCGGCCGGUCAUGAAGCGCGACAAGCAGGUCCUGCUGCACUGGGGCUACUACCCCGACAGCUACGACACCUGGAUCCCCGCCAGCGAGAUCGAGGCCUCUGUGGAGGACGCCCCGACACCAGAGAAGCCCCGGAAGGUCCAUGCCAAGUGGAUCCUGGACACGGACACCUUCAACGAGUGGAUGAAUGAGGAGGACUAUGAGGUGACGGAUGAGAAGAGCCCUGUUGCCCGCAGGAAGAAGAUCUCGGCCAAGACGCUGACGGACGAGGUUAACAGCCCUGAUUCAGACCGGCGGGACAAGAAGGGGGGCAACUACAAGAAGCGAAAACGCUCGCCCUCCCCCUCACCCACCCCGGAGGCCAAGAAGAAGAAUGCGAAGAAGGGACCCUCCACCCCCUACAACAAAUCCAAGCGUGGGCACCGUGAGGAGGAGCAGGAGGACCUGACGAAGGACAUGGACGAGCCCUCACCUGUCCCCAACGUGGAGGAGGUCACCCUGCCCAAGACAGUCAACACCAAGAAGGACUCGGAGUCUGCGCCUGUCAAGGGGGGCACCAUGACGGACCUGGACGAGCAGGAAGAUGAGAGCAUGGAGACAGCUGGCAAGGACGAGGAGGAGAACGGCACCGGGAGCAAGGGGGAGCAGGCCAAGAACCCCGACCUGCACGAGGACAACGUGACGGAGCAGACCCACCACAUCAUCAUCCCCAGCUACGCCGCCUGGUUCGACUACAACAGCGUCCACGCCAUCGAGCGCCGAGCCCUACCCGAGUUCUUCAACGGCAAGAAUAAAUCCAAGACCCCCGAAAUAUACUUGGCUUACCGCAAUUUCAUGAUCGACACGUACCGGCUCAACCCGCAGGAGUACCUGACCUCCACGGCAUGCCGCCGCAACCUGGCCGGGGACGUCUGUGCCAUCAUGCGGGUCCACGCCUUCCUGGAGCAGUGGGGCCUCAUCAACUACCAGGUGGACGCCGAGAGCCGGCCCACCCCCAUGGGCCCCCCACCGACCUCCCACUUCCACGUCCUGGCCGAUACGCCCUCAGGGCUGGUGCCGCUGCAGCCCAAGACGCCCCAGGGCCGGCAGAGCGACGGCGACGCCAAGACGGGCCGCAAGAGCAAAGAGAUCGAAGAGCUCGUCACCGAGACGGUGAAGGGGAAGCCGGAGCUGCAGACCUCAGCCUCGCAGCAGAUGCUGAACUUCCCCGACAAGAGCAAGGAGAAGCCGGCCGACAUGCAGAACUUCGGCCUCCGCACCGACAUGUACACCAAGAAGAACGUCCCCUCCAAGAGCAAAGCCGCUGCCAGCGCCACGCGGGAGUGGACGGAGCAGGAGACGCUGCUGCUGCUGGAGGCCCUGGAGAUGUACAAGGACGACUGGAACAAGGUGUCGGAGCACGUGGGCAGCCGGACGCAGGACGAAUGCAUCCUGCACUUCCUGCGGCUGCCCAUCGAGGACCCCUACCUGGAGGACUCGGAGGCGUCCCUGGGGCCGCUGGCGUACCAGCCCAUCCCCUUCAGCCAGUCGGGCAACCCCGUCAUGAGCACCGUCGCCUUCCUGGCCUCCGUCGUCGACCCCCGCGUCGCCUCUGCCGCCGCCAAGUCAGCUCUGGAGGAAUUCUCCAAGAUGAAGGAGGAGGUGCCCACGGCCUUGGUGGAAGCCCACGUCCGCAAGGUGGAGGAGGCGGCCAAGGUGACGGGCAAGGCCGACCCCGCGUUCGGGCUGGAGAGCAGCGGGAUCGCCGGCACCACCUCCGACGAGCCAGAGCGGAUAGAGGAGAGCGGCACGGAGGAGGCGCGGGCCGAGGCGCAGCCGGCGGAGGAGAAGAAGGAGGCGAAGGAGCCCCGGGACGGCACCGCCGAGGAGGAGGAGGCGAAGGAGAAACCUGGGGAGGCACCCAAGAAGGAGGAGGAGAAAGGGAAGGAGGUGGAAGGCGAGAAGGAGCUGGACAAGGGUGAUGGCGAUGGCGCAGGGGAACCGGAGAAGGAGAAGGAGGCGAAGGAGGGGCCAGACGAGGCACCGAAGGAGCUGCCAGAGCCCGAGGCUGAGCGCAAGGCCAAGGUGGAGCGGGACAUCGGUGAGGGGAACCUCUCCACCGCCGCCGCUGCCGCCCUGGCCGCCGCCGCCGUGAAGGCCAAGCACCUGGCAGCAGUGGAGGAGCGUAAGAUCAAGUCACUGGUGGCGCUGCUGGUGGAGACGCAGAUGAAGAAGCUGGAGAUCAAGCUGCGGCACUUCGAGGAGCUGGAGACCAUCAUGGACCGGGAGCGCGAGGCUCUGGAGUACCAGCGCCAGCAGCUGCUGGCGGACCGGCAGGCCUUCCACAUGGAGCAGCUGAAGUAUGCGGAGAUGCGCGCCCGCCAGCAGCACUUCCAGCACCUCCAGCAGCAGCAGCAGCAGCAGCCGCCCCCGCUGCCGCCGGGGGCCCAGCCCCUGCCCACCGGUGCCCCCCUGGCCCCCGCCGCCCACCCGCUGGGCGCGCCACCCGCCCCCGCCAUGGUGGCCCCCGCCGAGCCCGUGGGGCAGCCUCUGCCCGGGGCCCCCCCGCCGCAGCCGCCCCCGCCGCCGGGCGCCCCGGCCGUCCCGCACGCCCCGGCGCCGUUCCCCGGGCAGCAGCCGCCGUCCCAGAGCCUGGCUGGCAGCCUCGGUGGCAGCGGCCACCCCGCCGUGCCCGGUAAUGCGCCCGCGGCCCUGCCCUUCGGAUUGCCUCCAUCCGCCAUCCCAUUUAGCAUGGCUAACCCCCCCGCCGAGCCCCUCGGCGCCACUUUCCCCGCUAACCCGCCCGCCCUCCCGCUGCAUGGGGCCCUCGCCAGCAGCAUGCCGUCCGGGGGGCUGCCCCCCCCCACCCACCCACCCGGCCUGGCCCUGCCGCACCUCGCGGGGGGCUCGGCCGCCGCGCACAGCCCCGCCAUCGUGGCCGCCGUGCAGGGAAGCCUCCUUCCCAACCCCGGCCUCCUCGCAGACCAAGGCCCCCCCCUGCAGACGGACCCCAUCGCGCCCAGCCCCAGCACGGCCACCCCCGUCCCCCCCACGCAGUGAGCCCCCGCCGGGGCCGAGGAUGCCGCAGCCCCCCAACCCUGCCACUGCCACCGGCCCGGGGAGACCGGCCUCUCCCGCCCUGCAAGGCACCCUGAAGGACCCCCCCCCCCCUCCCCCCCUUGACUCCCCCCCUCGCUUUGGUAUUUUUUUAUGAUUGUCCCAGAUUUUAUUUAAGUGUUGGUCUCCCCGGGCGGGCUGGGGACCCUGCUCCCCCCCCGGCUAUUUAUGAGACAGCUCCAAUGCCACUCGGCACAUGGGCAUUUCCCCCCCCCCAGCUCCUUCUCAGUUGUCAGAUUCCCCCCCCCCC